CUUGUGUUUGUGCAACGGCCCCUGAGUGGCGGCUGGCUCUGUCGGAUCUCUUGUGCCUGACUACGGCUGCUGCACACAUUGUCAGCGUGCAGAGGGGGAAGUGGACGGCUUGAUCCGACCGGUCAAUGCACUGACAGAGCGAGUUCCAAGGUGAUUUAUUUUUUUUUACCAAAGAGCGGCUGUUCGUUCUGAAAGGAAGGGUGUGAAGGUUGGCACGCCGUGCCACAAGGCUGGCCGGGUGGGUCGUGGACGGUUUGAGCUGACACUUUUGCAGCAGAGAGAGAAGAAUUGGAGGAAAUCAGUUAAAGUGUGGCCAAAAUGGCCGAGAAGAAAGUGAGCCUCCCUGCUAAGCUGAUUAAUGGGGGUGUGGCCGGACUGGUGGGCGUGACCUGCGUGUUUCCCAUUGAUCUUGCCAAGACCCGCCUCCAAAACCAGCAGGGUGCUCGUGUUUAUAGUGGAAUGCUGGACUGUUUGGCAAAGACUAUCAAAAUGGAGGGCUACUUUGGCAUGUACCGAGGUGCAGCUGUGAAUCUGACGCUGGUCACUCCAGAGAAAGCCAUUAAACUGGCUGCCAAUGAUGUCUUCAGACAGAAGCUCUCCAAAGAUGGAAAAUUAGCUCUGUGGGGGGAAAUCCUUGCGGGCUGUGGAGCCGGAACCUGUCAGGUGGUGGUCACCACCCCCAUGGAAAUGCUAAAAAUACAACUGCAGGAUGCUGGAAGGUUGGCUGCUCAGCGGACUGUGACUGCCUCUGCCUCUGCCUCUGCUUCUGCUUCUGGUCCGACCCCUUCACUGGUUGCCUCUCGGGCAGCACAGCCGGGCCCCAACGCCCCUCCUCGACCCUCAGCGACCCGCAUCACCCUGGAGCUACUAAAGACCCGAGGACUCAGGGGACUUUAUAAGGGUGCAGGUGCUACAUUGAUGAGGGACGUCCCGUUCUCCAUGAUCUACUUCCCGCUGUUCGCCAACCUCAACGCCGUGGGCCGCGCUGAGGAUCGCCAUAGCAACCCCCAGGAGCGGGCCCCCUUCUUGCAGUCUUUCGUGGCUGGUUGCACGGCUGGCUCAGUGGCGGCAGUAGCUGUCACUCCCCUGGACGUUAUAAAGACCCGUCUACAGACCUUACAGAAGGGAGAAGGAGAAGACUCCUACAGAGGCAUCAUCGACUGCGUACAGCGCGUUUUAAAACGAGAAGGACCUUCUGCGUUUCUAAAAGGAGCAACGUGUCGAGCUUUGGUCAUCGCUCCUCUCUUUGGCAUCGCUCAGGGUGUGUAUUUCCUGGGAGUUGGCGAGCAGGUGCUGGGGCUGCUGGGAUAGCGGCAGGUGAUGUUACCUCAGUCAUCAUACACACAGUACUGUUUCAACAUGGGCCAAGGGAUGAAGAUGAGAGAUGAAGAAAGACGUGGCGAUUUAUAAAAGAAGCACCCCGACUUUAUUUGCGAUGAGGUAAAUGUUGAGGGAAAUUCACAUACCCAACCAAAGGAGGUUCAGACACUUUGGGAGAACAGAGGAGGGUUGUGUAACGCUAACAUAAAAGCCUAUAUUGCACACUAACCAUCUUUAAGUACCUAAAAAACUACAAACAGGGUUCGUUAGGUAUGACAGGGUCCUGUUCUGACUAAUCUGGCAGGUUUUUUUGUCCAAUUAAUAUUGUUUUAUGCCCAUAACUACAAUCAGUUUUAAAGACAUGAUUCGUGAUAAUCAAUAUAUUGGUUGUAAACAGGGUCGAUGUGUAUUUAGAAAGGUAUGGAAGCCCAUUUUCAACUUUUUAUCUCACAAUUCUGACUUAUAUAUUGUGUGAUUUAUAAAUUGUGAGAUGAAAAGCAGUAAUACAGCAGUAGUACCUUAUACUGUUUUGCAAAAAUGGACUUCCAUUCAGAUCUGAAUCAAAGGUGGGAUGUAUCUGUAUCUAAAUUUAAUGUCUUGGCUUUCUACUACUGAUUACUACCAUUUAAACAGCAAAAAAAAGCUAAGCAGAAACUGGGUUUAAUGCCUGCUGGCCGAUUCUGGCGGCUGCUUUAAUUCUCGUCUCUCAGUAAAUGUCAGUCUCUACUUGUGAAGAGACUGCUGGACAUUGCAGCAGAGGCCUUGUCCUUCUAUUAUUUGUUCCUCUGCGGGACAAAACUCCUUGUAGGUAUAUAAUGUUGACCUAACAUUUUUUUUAAUGCUUCUUUAAAUGAUGUUGUCGAGUGCACAAUAAAUUAAAAUGCAACAAAGCCUUAUCUUUGCCACUUAAGUUUUUCACUGGAAAAAUAACAAAUUAUAUGAACCAGUGGCUUUUAAAGAACUGAUUUUGCUGGAGUUUUUCCACAUUCCGUGGAAAAUAUUGAGGAAUUAGAUCUCAAAAAGUAGUUCUGUAAAAAGAAAAAUGUAAGGUAUAUCUGUUUCAAAUACAGUAUUUUAACAAUACCAAGAAAGAGAUCGUUUUGAAAAAUAUAUGUAGUGGCAUAUUCCUGGAAGAAAAGACUUGAUUUCUGAGAAAAAAUAUCUCAGGCUUCAUAUUCAUGUUAUACUAAAUAACUGUAAUGAGCAACAAGCAAUCUGUAUUAAAUAUGCAAGACUGAUAUAGGCAUCUCUGCUUAUUAAAUCACUGAAGAGCUUUUGUAUUUUAAAGUUUCUUGAAAACAUGGUCUGGAGUCAUUUGAUUAUGCAAAACAUUGUUUGUGCACCACAACUGAUGCUAAUUUGCAUCUCGUGUAUUUGAAUUCCACAAGAGGGCAGCGUGUUUUUGAUGUCUGAGGUACAUGUAGCAUCUUUUAGCCUCUGUCAGAUUUCUGACUUGAUGUAACCAACAAGCAAUGUUUUGUUUAUACUGUAAUGGGCACAGAAAUGCUUCAAAAUAUAAAUAAAAUAUAUUUGAUUUAUUUCUCUGUAGUAUAUAAUGCGGUCGUACUACAAAGGAAAACACAAACAAGCACAGAGGCAUCCAUAUUUUUAAGACUUCGAAAGAGAGUUUCCUUUUUCCAGGGAAAACCUGAUAGGCUGCUAGCAUGGCUACCAACAUUCAAAGCAAAAACAAUGUAAAUUCCUGAGUGCUUAAAGCUUUUUGUUCAAACAGGCUGAGAUAAGAUAUCAGGUGUCCACUUUCCCUACGGAUGACAUGAUUUUCAAACAAAAAGCACUAAAUAAACACUCAAAGGAGAGGUGUAAGGUAACAAGCACACAUGAUAAGCUUUUCACUUUAAACCACUUCCUUUGGCUUGUUUUUUUUUUUUUUUUUUUUU